AUGAGCCCUCACUCCACCUCUGCGCCGCUCUACAAUGGUCCUCCUCUGGACGACCAGAACAGAACGUUUCUUGAAUGGAAGCCGCUGUUUGUUAGCCAAGCCGAUGGCCAUGAGUUUACUCAAUUCUACCUCAAUAAGGCUUACGUGCCUGCGGACCUUGAGCGGUCUAUAUUGAGUAUCCUCGAUGUCGAUGUCCAAGUCGACAAGCUUAAGCACCUCGAACUCUACUCAGUUGACGCGGACUUUACUGGUGAUGACCUAACCGCGCGACAUAAGGCGAUCGCUACUCACAUCCAAUCGGUGAAGAGUGCUACUCUGAAAACGGAAACUACCAAGGCGCUGUCUCGUCUACGUGCUCUGGCGCUAACGUUCCUAAACUCGUCGAUCGUAGAUUCCCUGCGGAAACUGUUCUCCAACAUUUCCUGUCCUUUUACUUUUUUUGAGUCAAUUGUAUCUCGGUUCGAGAAUAACCCACUCACCAGUGACCCUGCGGUACUUAAUGCCCAAUCUCAGAAGAUCAAGUACCACGAUGGUGACUGCCUGGACACUCUCUUGGCCGACGUCAAGUCCAUCGCGAGUCAGUAUCGUGCUGCCAUGAUCCCUUCCUCGCUGGAGAUCGCGGCGUCCGAUUACGAUGCAUUUCUAUGGGCUAACCAUUACAUGCCCCUGGCUUCGGAUUAUGCCCACGGCACCAAGCCCGAUGGAUUCCCCCAAGACGUUUUUGACAAGGACGGCAAGAAAAACGCGCGGCGUUUGUCCUCGCGGAAUAUUCGUACCCCCGUCGCGAUGACCAUUCACGUCGUGACGACCAGGACCGGGAUGAUGGCUAUGGGCGCGGUGGCGGACAUGCUGGUGCCCCACGUGGACGUAAUCCUCCGUCCAAACGAGCCGCUACUCGAAGUCGAAGUCGUGGUCGUGGUGGCGAAGAUCGCACUAGUAAUUGGCGUGACAGCGGCAACGGUGGCCGCAGCCAUCAAAUUACUUCAACCUUCGAUGACAGUAGCACAGCCCGUAAGGAUGUAA